UUCUUUCAUCAGCUGUUAGAAUCCGCCGAAGCCUCGGAUAACGCAACCUCAAAAAUGUUCAUGUGCUUAGAACAAAAAUGCAUCGACUAUGAAGCUAGAUGUCAGUCACUUCGUGAAGAGAAGGAUAAACUACUAGCUGAAAAGAAUUCUAUUUACGAUGCACUUAUGCGCAUGGAAGAAAAUAAUCGAAGCCUAAGUGAAGAAGCUCAGCGACUUCAACGCCAACUAGAAGUAAUACGUGAAAUUAUUCGAGACAACGAUAUUGAUGAGGUAAAACAGCGUCUGGCCCAGAUCGAAGACUGCAGUCGUGUGCGUCUGGCUACGCCAAAGCGUACAAACGGUCGAACCGAACAUUCUGCUGGAUCUCUCCUUGAUUCCGAUAACACUUCAUCCUGUGGUUCUGACCGAGGGAGACCAAAGAGAUCGAGAGGCUCAAGUGGUCGCAAGGUAUCCCAAUCUGGAGACGCCCUUCGUCGGUCGGCUCGUCUCAGCGCCAAACGUCAAGGUGUCUCGUUCCUGGGUUACGAUUCGAGUAAUGUAAGUGAUAUUUGGUCAGCACUAUCUCAUGUUGCUCCCAAUGUCGUGGCCACUGCACCACCACCAACGCGCAAACGUUCCUCGUCCGACUCGGUAGACAGUUACCACGACAUCUCCUUUAAGCGGUCUCUCCUCAUUAAUGAGGCUGAUAGGCUUCCGGGUGUUCUAACAGACAGUGAUGUUACAAAUGACACGACAGCUGAAUUUACGACUAAUAUCGCGGUCCCCAUCGACGCCACAAAACGUUUAUUCAUUCGUUUUUGCCAACAGGUUACAGGAAAUCGGCUUACUCGUCUCCAUCAGUUCUCAUCGAUUUCAUCUCUCCGUCUUCAAAUGUGCAGUUGCUGUGGCAGGCGUUUUGCUUUUGGGAAACCGGCCCUUCGUUGCAAAAUCUGUCGACUUGUGGUUCAUCAGAAUUGUCAGGGCCAGCUUAAACAGCGUUGUGUGCCACCAACAGACAUGCCACUAUCACCUUGUGGGGCUCCCGAGACCCCUCGCACACCGCUGUCCGCGACUCUUUCGAGGCGUCAUCUGGGUGGACCUUCCAACGCAUCACCCACGGUCUUCGGAACGCCCUCGUCCACGCUCAAGCGCCGCGCGUUCGUCUGGCACUCCGUCUCUAUCGCUUCGUUGUGCCCACCUAACGAGUUCCCUCAAAUUCCAGCCCCCGUGAUUCACUGUGUCAACGAAGUUGCUGCUCGUGGCCUGCUUCAAGUCGGAAUUUAUCGGGUGCCCGGUGCUGAAAAGCGAGUCUUCGAACUUCUUGAAAAGUUCAUGUACGGCCGAACUACGCCGAGUUUGGCGUUGGUCGAAGACAUCAACGUAGUUUGCUCCUGUCUGAAGGCCUUUCUGCGUCUGUUGGAUGAGCCCCUAGUCACCUACGCCCUGCGACCAGAGUUCGUCGCGGCGUCAGAAUCAGCGCUGCGGAACCCUGAGGGUGCCAAGUACGAAGUCGCCACUCUGUUCGACAAACUGCCCAUCGCGAACCGCGACACCCUUGCCUUUCUCCUUCUCCACCUGAAAGCCGUAUCGAGGUCUUCAGCGUGUCGCAUGGGCGAAGCCAACUUGGCCAAGGUGUUCGGAUUCACCAUCAUCGGACACUCGUGUCCGGAGCCGCCACUCACGCAGGCUGCCAACGAGGUGACCGGUCAGCAGGCAGUGAGUUCCGUUUUUACAUUUUAUCGUUACGAACGCGAUUCGCCCACCUGCGCGUUUGCUGUGCGUCUACUCCUGUCUGUGCCGGACGUCGUGUAUUCUACAAUUCUUGCCUAG